AUGCUAAAACGUCAAGUUGUAAAACCACCAGAUCGUGGAUCUUUCCCAUUAGACCACUUCCGCGAAUGUACCAAUGAACAUAUUACAUAUUUGAGAUGUCUCGAGGCGAACAAAAAAAAUGCUGGCUCUUGUAGAAUAGAGUCUGGGAAGUAUUUAGUCUGCAGAAUGAAACAUAACCUAUUAGCUGAAGAGCCCCUUGAGGAACUUGGGUAUAGACCUGAUGAGAUUUCAAAAAUUAUGGAUCCAAAUUACAAAUAUAAUCACAAUCCAAUGGUAACAGUGGAUGAAAAGAAUGGAUUUAAAGAAGAUAAUGGGUAUUUAGCAGGAGUAGAACUGAUUGAUAACUAUUCAAAGGCCAGGUCAUGGCUAUAUAAAACAAUUUUCAAAUUUAAAAGCUAA